AUGUUGUUCCUCCUCACCCAGAUGACGGCCGCCGGCCUGGGUAAUGCUGCUGCCCUCGACAAGAAGCAGGCGGCCUCUUCAUCUGUUGUUCCGCAAUACUUCCAGACCUCACCACAGAUCUAUCCUGGUCCAACGAAGACAGCAGCCAUUGCGCCUUUCCUAGCGCAAACGAAUCCAGCGCCAAUUGGCACCUUGUACUCCCCAAAUCAACCACUAGAGACUGCUGUUCCCAUCUCUGGCAACACAAACAACUCCAAUAUCUUCCAGCUGAUGGGACAGCUUUCGAGCUAUUUCCCUAAUCCAGUCGGUUUCGGUGUAAACGAAUACGCUCUUCCUCCUGGUGCCAACAUCACCACAGCGCAUCUGCUUAGCCGUCACGGUGCCAGGUAUCCUACAGGCGACUCGUCUGUCUCCAGCUUCGGCAGCAAGAUCUACAACGUCACUCGGAACGGCACAGCCACAUGGACCGGUGCAUUGAGCUUCCUCAACACUUGGAGCUAUACCCUCGGAGCAGAGAUCUUGGUUGCGAGAGGUAGACAAGAACUGUUCGAUAGUGGUGUCUUGUUCUACUACAACUAUGGACACCUCUACAAUACCUCGACUAAGCUCGUAUCUCGAACGACCACGCAGGAUCGCAUGCUGAAGUCUGCAGAAUAUUUCAUGGCUGGCUUCUUUGGUUUCGAAUGGCCUCAGAAUGUCACACUUGAGCCUAUCAUUGAGCAGCCCUAUUUCAACAACUCAUUGGCUGGAUACUUUCAGUGCAACAACAGCAACAAUUACAGGUCCACAGCUGGAAACAAUGCAAGUCUAGUGUGGGAGAAUAUCUACCUCAAGAAUGCUACGCAGAGACUGCGGGCACUCUCGGGUAAAUACAACUGGACAGUAGCGGACUCCUACAAUGCGCAGACUCUGUGCCCAUAUGAGACCGUUGCCUACGGCUUCAGCAAUUGGUGCAGCCUCUUCACUUACGACGAGUGGCAGGGUUUCGAAUACAGCAUUGAUCUGCAGUUCCAAGGUAACGAUGGCUUCUUAUCACCAACGGGACGAGGUGUCGGCAUAGGUUUCGUAGAAGAGUUCUACGCUCGCCUGCAAGGUCAUCUAUACAACCUCCCACCAGGAUCUACCAAUGUGAACACUACCCUGGAUCAGAUGAACAACACCUUCCCACUCAACCAGAGCCUAUACAUGGAUUUCUCCCAUGACACAAACAUCUACUCCAUCCUCACAGCAUUUGGUCUUCAACAGUUCAGCGACAAGUUGAGUAACAGCUCCAUCACACCCAAUCGCAACGUCACAAUCUCUCACCUCACCCCAUUUGGUGCGCGAGUUGUCUGGGAACAGAUCACUACACCCCAGCCAGUGAAGGCGCAACGCCCAAAGAACUCCAAUGCCACGAUGGCCGAUUUCUACAAUCCUGGCAACCGCACCUCGUACAUCCACAUGACUAUCUCGCAACGUACUGUGCCACUUGGCUUUUCGUACCCAGAAUGCGGUCAGAGAGAUGAUGGGUGGUGUGAGAUGGGUGCCUUUAUGAAUAUCCUCAGUGGAUUGUUGCAACAAGCGAGCUGCUUUGGGAACUAUCCGGCUGCGUCGUGGUUGAAUGUCACGAAUGGUGUGCCUGUCACAAAGAGACAUUUGCUAGGUGGAGGUAUGGGCAGUGGGCUUGAGAGGAGGAGGAACUCUGAUAUGUGGUACGACUUGUAA